UACCUGAUCAUUCCCCUGUCUGUGUCCCAAUGAGCUGCUAUUGAGUAAGUAUUGUCUGUAAGACUCAGCAGAGGAGGAAAGUCACAGGAAUAUACAUUUAUAUAUAAGGAAUUGUAAUCACAGGACUUCUAGCACUGGGAUAUUAAGGUUAUUGGCAGCGCCUGGAACUAGAGAAACAACAAGAAAUGGGAAUGGGAGAAGCAGGACAUUUACCAGUACAGUUCCUCAGGAUUCUGGGAAUUCUCUGCCUCCUCCUCCUGCACCAAACUGGUGCUGGUCUGGAGGUGAACGUUCCUUUCAAACUAAUAUUUUCAAAGGGAUCCGACAUCCUGAUUCCCUGCACAUUCCAUGUGAAUAAAUUCCCAGCUGAUCCCAAAUUAUUGGCCAUAGAGUGGGAUUUGUAUGGAAGGAGAAUACUGACGUAUGACAAUGGAGUGAGCACAAUGGAUCCUCGGUUCUCUCUCAAAUCCAAUUCAGCAACACGGGGAGAGGCCUCUCUGUCUGUGUCUAAUACACAGGUAUCUGAUGGUGGGAGAUACACCUGUACAGUCACUUAUGGUACUGAGUGGCAAGAGAAGGAGAUUAUACUGGAAAUUCAAGCCCCCCCACAGAUCACAAUCACUAAUAAAGUUGUUAGUGAGAAUAAGGAGAGUGUCCUGAGAGCCUCCAUCACUGGCUUCUACCCCCAGGAUCUUGAUGUUAAAUGGCUGAGAGAUGGGGAGAUAUUACCUGGUGUUACUGUGAAUAAGUCCCAGAGAGACCCAGAUGGCACCCACAGUACAACCAGCACAGUGACCAUUGUACCCACCAAGGAGAACAGGAACCAGAUCUUCUCAAUCCGGCUCCAACAUGAGUCUCUCACUGUCCCUCUCCAGAAGGAUUUCCAGCUGAUCUAUGGAGUUCCAGCCCCUCCCUCCAUGGUCAUAACCCAUCAACUAUUUUAUGAGAAUCAGGAGCAGACACUGAAGUGCCAAGUGUGGGGGUAUUACCCAGAAUCCAUUGCUGUGAGUUGGUUAAUGAAUGGAAGUCGUGUGGAAGCCUCAGAGAUAAAGAGAAUUAACAGUUCUGCUCUGGAGUCUUCCUACCGGUUCCUCCCAACAGCUGAGAGUCAGGGGAUGGAGAUCUCUUGUGUGGUGGAACAUCAGGCCCUCACCCAACCUCUUGUGGAGACACUAAAGGUGCAACUCACAGAGUCCGAUCCUGUUUCCCUAUUUGUAAUUCUAUCUGCUGCAUUUAUUAUUUUUAUUGUGAUUGGCUCAGCAGCUUUAUUCCUUUAUAUCAUGAAGAAGAAUAAGAGUUAUAUUCAUUCACUGUGUAUCUCAAAGAGAAGGGCAGAUAAUGAACAACAUGGAGCCUCAGUACCUAUAAAACUUAAUAAAACUAUGAAUAUUAUCUCCAAAAAAAUAUCAUGUGUUGAUGAAAAACGACUCAGUAAUAGAGAAGAGAGUGUGAUGGAAAAACUACGUUCACCAAGAACAGAAUUCAUCGGGGAAAUUUAAGAGAAAUGCACAAUCCAUGGCUCUGUUGACAGUUUGGACAUAACAAAGACCAUGGGCACAUUUUCAUUAAGACUUGAGGAGAGAAAAGAGCAAAUAAAUCUCCGUACUGAAUGCCGCGGAUUGAACACGGGGGAAAACUCCUGCCAUGCCAGCGAACUCUGAUGAUGUAGAAAAUCAGCUGCACUCUGAUUGGAGCUUUCCCCUUCAAACUUCUCCAAUCAGAGCUUACCACUCAUACAGACUGUAAAAUAGACCAAUCAGCACAAAGGAGAGGGGGCGUUUUUUUGAUGCCGGUGUCAGUUUUUUUGGCGAAAAUGCACCAAAAACGGAAGCCGGUGUCCUUUUAUUGUGCAUUUUCACCAAAAAAACGGACACCGGCGUUCGAAAAAAAACGGACGACGAAAAUUUGCCGGCGUAAAAAAGAAAUGGACACUGUGAACCGCGCAAAUUUGUCUGCAAAUUCGCGCCUGGUGAAUAAAUUCGCCCAUCGCUAGUUAACUUUUAUUAUGUUAUAGAAUGUCCCUUUCCUAGCAACUUUGAAUUUGGUCUUCAUUAUAAAUUUGUAAAUAGUUUUUUGAAUGAUUUACUUUCCUCUUCCUUCUCUUUCCAACCUAUGAAUAGGGGUCAGUGACCCCGGCAUCUAAAAAUAAUUGCUCUGUAAGGUUAAAAUUUUAGUGCGAUUAUAACGUUUUAUUACAUAUCUUUCUAUUCAGACCCUCUACUACUCAUGUUGCCAUCUCUUAUUUAAACCAGUGCCUGGUUGCUGCAAAUAAGACUUUAUUGUUGCUGAAAUACCAAAUUGGGGAGCUGCUGAAAGAAACUCUAAAUAACUAAAAAAAAAAACAUACAAAAUAAAAAGUGAAGAUAAAUUGCAAAUGAUAUAUAAUAAUUAUAAUUAUAAUAUUAAUGUCUGCAUGAUAGUAAGGGGUCGAUUCGAUAAGGGUCGAAUAUCGAGGGUUAA